AUGACCGCUGCACUGCAGUUUGCACAACCCCAUGGAGCACCCCGGGCAUGCCACCCGAAGACCAACACCUGUGUGAUGUCCCUGCGACACACUCUCUACAGCCUAAUCCUUGAACUAGGUUUGAUUGAGACUGGUGCCCAAGCCACAUGGCACCACAAUUCAGCUGUCCAGUGGAUGCAGUCAGUGGCACUAGCAGGUAACAAGUCGGACUGCUGCUACCCAUUGUGCUAUAGUACCCUCAUGAACAGCAGACUGUCCACUCAGUUUGCCCUUGGUUCCUGGGUGUCUGGUUUCCUGGUUAUUUCUAUCCCAGCAUAUCUGAUAGCCAGGCUGUCCUUCUGUGGCUCUAACAUCAUCAAUCAUUUCUCCUACAGCAGAGAUUCCUUGGUCAUAUUCUCCUGCAUAGAUACCUCAGUAAUUGAGAGGGCCGCUUUCCUCAUCUUGAUCAUCGUCGUCCUGGGAACACGUCCCAAAACCCUGGUCGUCUACAUUUACAUCAUCUCCACCGCAUUGAGGAUCCCCUUGGCCCAAGACCGGCAAAAGACCUUUUUCACUUGCUCGACUCCUCUCACUGUUGUGAUUAUCUGGUAUGGCUCCUCCAUCUCCCUCUAUGUCCAGCCUUCCAAACAGAGCUCCUUGGAAAUGAACAAGUUUGUCAGCACUUUGAACACUGUUGUCACAGUGCUAUUAAACCCCUUCAGUUACACUCUGAGAAAUAAAGAGCUGGAGAAGGCUUUAUGGAAGACAUUCAGUCAGAUAUGA